CACCAGUUUCUGUGUCUCCGCCCCGUCUGUCUACGUCCCGUGUAUUUUGUAGCGACCUCUCCCGAGUGCCGCUGCUGCCGGUUCCGUCGUGCGUGGUUGGGAAUAAAAGAUGGAGCCGGAAAGUUCAAGUGGAUUCAAACGAAACUCUAUCCAUCAGGGAAUAUACAGUCGUCCUGUCGAACGGCGACCCAGCAAAAAGUCUUCCUCGAAGGACCGUCAUGGGAUGGUUUACCCCGAUAGCUUCAGAGACACAGGCAUUCGAACAGUAACCCCGGAUUCUGAGGCUGGCAACCACUCGCCUUCCUCGGAGGCGGAGUAUCUCGCAUCGAGUGCAGCAGCUUCCCCUCGUCCCGCCACCCGAACAAGAGCCUCCGAUCGAGAAUCUCGUCGCGACUACCACUCUUACCACUCGGCAGGCGACGAAGAGGAAACGCAUGUGGAGAUGAAAAGUCAGCGCGCGCGGUCACGGACCACUACCCUAGACGAUCAACGCAGCGAAAUCUCCCAAAACACAUUUUUCAGAGCCCGGAAUCGCCUGGGCUCUAUCAACACUGCAAAUACCCAGCCAAAAACACCAGAUGAGCCAACGGGCUCUAUUGGUUAUCCGUCGAUCCAAUCCCCCACCUAUUUCAGUCACUCCCUCGGCCGUCCACGGCUAAGCAAGCACCCAGGGGGUUCAAACUUAGCGACGAGCGUGUCGGCCAAUCAAGCCUCUUCCCCGCUGUCAAGUACCGAUGCGUCCAAAAUCCUGCAGCUUAUGAAAACAACUUGUGGAAGGAUGCACGGCAUUCUUUCGUUUCGGACUGCAUCCACAACCGCUUGGUCCUCGGGCUACUGCGCCAUCAACGUUGCCACGGGAAGCCUGAUAUAUCAGGCCAAGGGGGAGCCCGCAUUGGCCAAGACCCUGAUUCCCGAUCUUCGUGGGUGCCAGGUUCGCUCCCUCGUCGAUCCCGAGCUCCGGACGAAUUACCUCAGCGUAUCGACGUUCACAUCCGGGCUAGGAGUUGAAUUAAGGCCCCAUGUAAGCGAAACCUUCGAUUCCUGGCUUGCUGCUUUAUUAUGCUGGCAGCCGAUCCGACCCAAAGGCGUUCAGAAUAAGAUGACGAAGCCCCAGUCGGUCGCGAUAGGAGACCGCCGUCUGGCUGAUCGCCGGCGAAACUCCGAGAGUACGGUUCAGAAGGAGGCGGCGAUCAUCAAGGUCGGUAAGAUGCUCCUGUGGGACAGGCCAAGUGCCUCUGGCGUUCGACCUUCCUCUGGCCGUCGAGUCUCAACAUAUCGACAGCAGAGAGCACUUUCCGCGUCCUGGCUGAGAGUCAGCUGCACAUUACAAGAAAACGGUGCGUUCAAGCUGUAUACCGAAUCAGACAUUACGCUCGUGACUUGCGUCCAACUCUCUCAACUCUCCCGCUGUGCCGUGCAGCAGUUGCAUUCUUCGGUAUUGGAAGAUGAAUUUUGCAUUGCCAUAUAUCCCCAAUAUGCCGUCCACUCUGCGUCCGGCAUCACCCGACCUGUGUACCUAGCCCUGGAAAGCCGAGUCCUGUUUGAGGUCUGGUUUGUGCUCCUGCGCGCCUUUACGAUACCAGAGCUCUAUGGCCCUGAAACAUGUACAGAGGAUGACCCUAAAAGUGCGUCCGGGUCGGCUGAUGCCGCUGCUCCUUCCAUGGCAGAUAUGUUUAGGAUCGAGAGGGUGCUUAGUGUGAGAGUGACGGAAGCCAAACUACUACGAAACAAAGCUGCGGAGAAGGCCCCGCGAAGCCGGAAGCAGUCCCGAUCGCAUAGCAACUCCACCCCAACAUCUGCCGUGGGCGAUUACUAUACUGAAGUUCUCCUUGAUGGGGAAAUUCGGGCCAAAACGGCGGUCAAAUACCGCACAGCCAACCCAUUUUGGCGAGAGGACUUUAUCUUCAGUGAUCUCCCGCCCGUCCUGUCCCAGGUUUCGAUACUAGUUAAAACAAUCAAUCCGACACAAAAGGAUUGGACGCUAAUCGCACAUGGUUCUUAUGCCUUGGGCCAUGAGCACAACAAUCCAAACCGCUUAUUAGACGAUGUUGAGUUGUCCUCUCAUGACGCUACAUUCGGCAGGGUGGAUCUGAAGCUGGACGAUCUGCAGCCAGGAGUGGAAACCGAGAAAUGGUGGCCGAUCUUAGAUGACAAGGACCAACCAGUCGGUGAGAUGCUCAUGAGAGCUCGAAUGGAGGAAACGGUCGUUCUCAUGUCGCACGAGUAUACACCGAUGUCUGAAAUUCUGCAUUCCUUCACCAACGGCCUCACCAUCAACAUGGCUCAAGUCAUGUCCUCGGAACUCAAUCAGUUGUCCGAUGCACUUUUGAACAUCUACCAGGUGUCGGGCACGACCGUCGAGUGGAUAUCGGCGUUGGUAGAGGACGAGAUUGACGGGUUACACAAGGAAUCGACCGCCAAUAGGCUCAGGUAUACCACGAGAAUUCAUUCCAAUGACUCCCGGGAAUCGGGUCAAGAAAGGGAAGUCCUCGUCAGGGAUAUGGGCCGUACUGCUACUGUCGAGGCGAACCUGCUUUUUCGAGGGAACUCCCUACUCACCAAGGCGCUUGACUACCAUAUGCGUCGCCUAGGAAAAGAAUAUUUGGAAGAAACCAUUGGGGAGCGGCUUCGCGAUAUCGAUGAAACGGACCCGGAGUGCGAGGUUGAUCCCUCCCGCGUCCACCGGUCGGAUGAUCUGGACCGCAACUGGAGGAAUCUCAUCAACCUGAGCACCGCGGUUUGGAAGGCAAUCGCAAGCUCCUCGUCGAGAUGCCCGGCCGAAUUGCGGCUCAUCUUUCGGCACAUCCGGGCCUGCGCAGAGGAUCGCUACGGCGAUUUCCUUCGGUCGGUCACCUACAGUAGUGUGUCAGGCUUUCUCUUCCUGCGGUUCUUUUGUCCGGCAAUCCUCAAUCCGAAACUCUUUGGAUUGCUCAAAGAUCACCCGCGCCCUCGCGCCCAACGCACCCUGACCCUGAUCGCGAAGGCUUUGCAAGGCCUGGCCAAUAUGACUACUUUCGGUAGCAAGGAGCCUUGGAUGGAACCGAUGAACAAAUUUUUAGUCAGCAAUCGCGCUGAUUUCAAACAGUUUGUGGACUCCAUUUGCGCUAUUCCGGCCGAUCGCCCAGCUCCAAUCGUCACGCCCUCUUAUGCCACACCCAUCCAAAUUCUGGGUCGCCUCCCCCCGACAUCCCGCGAAGGAUUCCCUAGUCUCCCUUUCCUGAUUGACCACGCGCGGAGCUUUGCCAACCUGAUUAGCAUCUGGCUCGAAAUUGCACCGGAGAGACUGAGCGAAUUAGAGGAUAUCGAUCCGGCGGUCAGCAAGUUCCAUGAGAUGGCUCUUCGUCUCUACCAACGCACCAAGGAAUGUUUGAGCCGUGCAGAACAAGCCGAGCGUCCAAACGGAAGCCUUGAAGUCAAAUGGGAAGAAUUGGUUGAUUCGAUGGAACGAUCGGUAACCUUCUAUGAUGAGAGCUCCAAACCUACGAGUCCGGCCACGGAGGCAGCGGUUGCGGGGUCGACAUCCCUUACAGGCAGCCAUCGCAACUCAAUCGGCUAUUUCGCCUCCAGGCCCUCUCUCCCCCGUCGGUCCACCGAUUGCGCGCCCGAGGCGGAUGAGGACACGCCUCCCAGCUCAUCGUCCGCCACGUGGGACCAGAGCAGAGUGCCGUUCUCGAUACCGCGGUGGGCUGAUCCCCGGGACAGCACCGGCAGUUCGAAGAACUCUUCCACCUAUUCGCUUGACCAGGAGCCCUCAAAAUCCCGCCGGUCCAGCAUUACCCGAGAGACGUCGAGUAAAUACCGGUUUUUUGAUUUCGUGCCUCCGUCUCGGCGCAAAGCCAAGGAUCGGGAGCAGGCCCAGCAAUCGCGUGAGGAACAGCGAAGCGAGUCAUGACGCAACCCUUCGAUCCCCGAUACAGGCCCGUUUAUUGAGGCGAGAUGGUGAUUCCGAACAUCUGCUCCCCCCCCUGGCGACUUUCUCUCGAAAGAAACCCUGCCUUUACAUUCAAUGGCUGUUUAGCCCAUUACAUGAUCCCAAUGGAUCUCAUCGGAGAAG